CGCCGAACGUUUGUGCCGGGCGGGGAACGGGGAACGGGCAGACUGCUCCCCUCGCCUCUUCGGCUCGCGCGGUGCCUCCCCUCGGGCGGGAGCGCGCGUGCGCGGGGAGGAUGCGUCCGGGCCGGGCCCCCGCUGCGGCGCUGACGGACGUGGUAACUCUAGAAGCUAUGGACAUAGUCUUUAGAAUAAGAGGAGGCUUGGACCUUGCAUUUCAGCUAGCAACUACUGAUGAGGCAUCAACAAAAAAGGCGUUAGGAUAUGUUUUCAGUGAUCUUGCAAACAAACUGUCCUCAGAUGUUCUUGUGUUAAGAAUUUGCCACAGUUCAGUCUAUGUGUGGCCUAACAAUGGUAUGAACACUGUUCCAGAGCUGACUGAUGAUUCUGCUUGUAAGGAGAUAAGACGAUUUAUACAAUCUGAUCAAGAUGAUGAGACCAAACGAAAGCUUGGCAAAAAAAAGGAUAAAAAGUUACAAGAUACGCAGCAGAUAGUCAAUAUAGACCUCAUGUUGGAAAUGACGUCUUCGUUAGCUGCUUUGGCUCCAGUCAUUGAAAGGGAAAAUAAGGAGCACCACUACAUUAAUAUGACGUUACCAGUUGAUGUUGUUGUAUCUGUUUCUCCAGAAGAAACAUGGGGAAAGGUACAAAAUCUCCUAGUGAAAGCAAUUCACAGGCAAUUAACUGACAUGGAAAGAUGUAUCAUGAAAUAUAUGAAGGGAACAUCAAUUGUGGUACCAGAACAAUUUCACUUCAUGUUACCAGGAAAAAAUCAUCUUGUAACAAUCUCGUAUCCUACAGGUAUUUCAGAUGAUCAAUUGGAAAGUUACAGAAAGGAAUUACAUGGGUUAUUCAAUCUGCCUUGUGACAGACCAUAUUUCAAGAGAGCAAAUGCUUAUCAUUUUCCAGAUGAACCAUAUAAAGAUGGAUAUCUCAGAAAUCCACACUUACAUCUUAAUUCACCUGGUACAGAGUCUGGUAUGGUUUAUUUGGUACAUGGAAUAUAUAGUUAUCACCACUACAUGCAGGAUCGGAUUGAUGACAGUGGUUGGGGCUGUGCCUAUCGGUCUUUGCAGACAAUCUGUUCUUGGUUCAAGCACCAGGGUUACAUUGAUACGCCUAUACCAACACACAAGGAAAUUCAACAGGCACUGGUUGAUGCUGGAGACAAGCCCGCAGCAUUUGUUGGGUCAUGGCAAUGGAUUGGCUCGAUUGAGGUACAGCUUGUUUUGAAUCAGCUUUUUGGAAUAACAUCAAAAAUAUUAUUUGUCAGCCAGGGUUCUGAACUAGCAUUACAGGGAAGAGAGCUCGCUAAUCAUUUCAAGACUGAAGGCACUCCCAUUAUGAUUGGUGGAGGUGUUUUGGCUCACACAAUAUUAGGAGUGGCUUGGAAUGAGAUUACAGGGCACAUAAAAUACUUGAUUCUAGACCCACAUUACACUGGAGGAGAAGAUUUGCAUGUUAUUUUGGAAAAGGGCUGGUGUGGAUGGAAGGGCCCAGAGUUUUGGAACAAGGAUGCCUAUUAUAAUCUGUGCCUACCUCAACGACCAAAAACUAUUUAAAUUCCACUCUAAUGCUGGAACAUGCUAAGCCAGAAUACUAGGUGAUCUAGAUACAACUGUCUUGUUAUUUAUCAAAAUAAUGCUUUAAUUCCAUCGAAACCUGUUGAAAUAGAAAUGUUGCUUGAGUAAUUUAAAUUAAGAAUUAUUUUUUUUAAAUGAGACCUCUAAAAAUAAGAGUUAUACACUUAUUAGAUAACUAAUACUCUUUUGGCUAGGACAACUUUGUGUUUAUAUAGCAUUGUUUGUUAUGCUAGAAUCUUUACAGAUUAAAUGUCCAAUCCUUUUAUUUUAUGGAAUUCUUUCUUGCCAGAAACCUUUCAGGUUCUGUAUAGCCAGCUGUCUAGUGUGCUAUGAAUCUGUUCAAAGGCAGCAUUUGCUGCUGGUGCUGUCAAUAACAGCAUUUUAGAAGAGGAGUGGGAGAAAAAUGGCUAUAUGUACUGAAUUUUAUAAACACUAUGAGAGAAUUAAUUGUUACAUGCUCAUUUAUUUACAGCUGUAUGAAUACAAUACAACUAUUGUGGGGGGGGGGGGAAAUAACCACAACCCAGUAGUCUUCUCUAAGAAGUAAAAAUAAAUGAGCUUUCCUCCUUCUCAGAAGGAGAUGAUGUACCAGCAUCCACCUGGCUGCUUAAUGCACAGUCCAGUCAUGUUUCUUCAGCCUUCGCCUUCCCCUUGAUUUCAUUUUGGGAUUACAAGGUGUUUCUUUUGUCAGCUAGGAGACAAGAUAUCUGUCGUAUGAACAAACAAGAAUAAGUCUGUAUCUAAUGCCAUCAAAACAUUAGGAUACAGGUGUGGUGGUGUAAAAGAUACUGCUUGUGAGCUACUCCAUCAGUACAUCAGUAAAAGUAUCUAGGCUUUCUUCCCCCCCGCUCCCCCAUGUUAAAUAUACUAUCCAUUUGUGACAAGACCAUAACCUUAAAUACCUAUGCAAGUUGAUCUUUACUAGGAGGCUUCUAAAUCCAACUGUUAUCUAACACCAGAUUUACUUUAAUGCCAAAAGCAUUAAAAAAAGGAAAAAUAUUCUGGAUUGUAAUAAGCCACUGGUUAUUACACACCAUCUGAUCUUCUCCUCUUCCUGCUUAUGGCUCUGCUAGUUUCACUUUCUUGCUUCUGUGAAGCUGGAUCCUCUCUUGGCCAGCCACGUCUGUCACUGAGUGAGUAGCCAGACUGUCCUCUCAGUUUCAUCCUCUGAGUGUGCUGAACUGUUGUGAGGAACUUGGCACAUUCCAGAAAACCAUAAGCCAUUGCGAGGUCUGCUGCUGUUUGUCCACUGUUGUUGCACAAGCUGAAACACAGAAUUAAUAAUAACCAUUCCACUAAAUUGGAAUAUAUGUUAUGAGCAAGCACUGAUCAAGAUUAAUUAAGUGGUAACUUUAGGCAGAAGUAUAAAAAUAAGUACAGGAGAAUGAAUAGCAGGAAGGCAUGUCAAGGAUAGCAUGGGGCUCUACUCAUACAGAGGGCUGCUAUUAAAUGCAACAAGGAAGAAUUAUUUUAAAAUAAAUUUGUCACCCAAUAAUGCCUGGCUUAGCAUAUCAGAAAGGCAAGGGGAAGGUGAGCACAGCAUUAGUCAGAAUGGAAAACUAACAAGGAGAACUUAGGAUCAGGAAUAUUCUCUUAGCAGUUACUACAGAGGUUUUUAACAUGGAACUAAACAGUAGCGUAUGCUCUGCUACUUUGGUGUUUAUGUCUGUGGCAGUUUUUAAUACUGCUUGUAUGACUGUAGUCAUGCUACGUUUACACUCUUGGCACGCACACUCUGAAUGAGAAAAAGGGCUGUGUAAAAUACGCAUAUCCUUUGACAUUGUUACAUGCAAUCAUUUCAGUAUCUCAACUUACUCAAUUUUGGCAUCACCGGCAACAAGAAGAGCAAGACAUUCCAAACUCCCAACUUUUGCUGCUUUAUGAAUCGGGGCUUCUCCAAGGCAAUCCUAAAACCACAGUGUACAUAUAGCAGUCAUUUGAAGAAAGGGGAAUAGGAUGAAGCUAUCAUCUUCUCCAACAUGACUGUUAAUGGAGUGUUACUCUGUAUACCAGUUUGUUGUGAGCUGAGAUUAAAGGAAUAUAGCUAGUAAAGCAUACUCAGUAACUGCCAUUAAAUGUUCAGUAUAUUCA